CACUUAUACUUGAGUUUAGGUGCGAGAACGCACGUUGCACCGGCUAAGAGUCAACCAGGUACCCGUAGGCUUGCCGACACAAAUAUGACAUCCCUCAAAAGAAAGCUGGAAGAACUCAUCAGUAGUCGCCGAGCGGACAUGAACAAGCUAAAUUCGAAGUGGAGGACGAUAGAAGAAGAAUAUUGGAGUGUAGUGCGGGCAAUCAGAGAAGGAAUAUCUUUUCCUCCGGAGAAAUUAGCAGAGUUGGAAGAGUUGAGCAAAGAAGUUGAAGAGAUUCUUCUAGUUCCAGGAAGAUUUCGGCAAGAGGCGACGGCACUUGUUAGAUGUAGCAAAUCAUCUCCCUCGGUGACAAUAGAAUUAGUAGGCAAAGAAACUCGACGGAAGGUGAAUGAGAUUCUUUCCUAUUUAAUGCAGGACAGCGUUUCCAUAAUUGGCGUUUAUGGUAUGGGUGGAGUGGGCAAGACGGCCAUUUUGAGGCAUGUCUAUAAUAGACUCCAUGAGGAUCUUGCCUUGGAUGUAUUCUGGGUUGCUGUACCUCGGGAGUUUAGUGUGUAUGCGCUACAAGAAGAGAUCGCCAAUGCCGUCGGACUGGACAAUCUCUCAAAUGAGAAGGACGUGAAGAGAAGGGCGGGCCUAUUGUAUGGACAUCUGAAUGUGAAGAAUAGAUCCAUCCUAAUUUUAGAUGGCCUUUGGAUGCAUUUUGAAGUUAAGGAUGUGGGAAUUCCGGUUGAAACGGGCAAACUAAAGUUGGUAGUGACAACUCGAUCACUAGAUGUGUGUCGUAUGAUGCACUGUCAAAAGCAAAUCAAGAUAGAACUUCUCGAUAUGGAAGACUCUUGGAGGCUAUUUUCAAAGACGCUUUGCUUUGCAGGAGAACUCCCUGGGGAAGUGGAACAAAUCGCAAGGUCUCUUCUUCAUAGGUAUUAUGGCCUGCCACUUGGGAUCAUUGAGAUUGCAACUCGCUUGAGAGGAGUAGAGAAAGUGCAUGAAUGGAGAGGCGUGUUGGGAAAAUUAGAAGACUCCAGGAUGGAGCUUGACGUGUACAAGAGACUGCAACUCAGUUACUUGAACUUGGGUAAUGCUCAAGUGCAACAGUGUUUCCUGCAUUUAAUACUUUGUUUUGGAGAAGUCCUUUCGGAAACUAAUAGAGAGGAUUUGAUAGAGUCUUUCGUAGACGAGGGUUUGUUAGGUGAGAUUGCCACUAGGCAAGGACUGCACGAUCGGGGUAACACCAUAUUGGAUAAAAUAAGAGGGGCCUGCCUGUUGGAUCUAGAAGAAGAGUAUCAGUAUCUACACCCGUUGACAAGGGACAUGGCAUUGGAUAUGGUGAUGAGCACAACUCACAUGGUUAAGGCCUGUAUGGGGUUGAAAGAAAUACCGGAGGAAGCAUUAUGGACCGAUCGUCUAGAGAAAGUCUUUUUACGAGGCAACCAAAUAGAAGAAAUCCCAGACGGCAUAUCACCAAAUUGCCCUAAACUGACGAGGCUGUCUUUGAAUGACAAUGUCAUGUUGGGAGCCAUCCACGAAUCUUUCUUCAGACAUCUAAAGGGGCUGACGGUUCUAGAUCUCAGCAACACCGGAAUCACGGAAUUACCGGAAUCCAUCUCUCAGUUGGAGACCUUGGAAGUACUGCUACUGCGAAGUUGUUGGGCAUUACUUUUUAUUCCUUAUGUAGGAAAGUUGGGAUCCCUAAGAAAGUUGGACCUCCAAGGGUGUGCAAGUCUUGAAGAAUUGCCAGAGGGCAUGGAGAUGUUGGUAAACCUGAGGUACCUCGCCCUAGAUGGCACAAAGAUCGAGACAUUAUCAGAGGGAGUGUUGGGGAAGCUGGUGAACUUACAAUAUCUUGCGAUUAAAAAGCUGACGGCGGGAGAAGAGGUAAAAUUAACGAAGAUGGAGGCACUUUAUUGUUCUAUUCCCAAUGUGGAAACGUUCAAUGCAUACAUGGGGUCUCUCGAGCGAAAUAGUUGCCGAUGGUACAGGGUCGCGAUGGGUGCACCAGGCGGUUUGCUCCUCUGGGGUAUGAAUGAUACUGAGAGGAGUAUACUCAUCGAUAGUUACGACCAUAUCGCUGCAAGUGUAGACGGAACAAGUGGUGAUGGCUGCGCUCUGCUUCUGGAAAGUGUGCAAUCGUUGGAAUUGGUCAGGUGUCAUAAAAUGAAGAAAGUGAUGGAAUGGGAGUGGCUGACCACUCUCCUUCCAAAUCUGGUGCAGAUUGUAAUAUAUAGUUGUGAGGAAUUAGAGGAGAUAAUACGUGGGCCAUUGCCAAGCGGAGCCACUUGUCGCCUUACAUAUCUUGGAGUAAAUGGAUGCAAUAACAUGAAGAGGGUGCUGCUGACGCAAGACAUGUGGCUCCACCUCCCUUUCCUCCAAGAGAUAUCAGUCAAAGACUGCAAGGGCAUAGAGGUGAUAAUAGGCACCGUUGCCAAGACGACACACUGUUCCUUCCCAAAGCUAGCAAACCUGAGUCUGCGGAAUCUUCCGGAACUGAAGAGCAUAUGUGAUGGGACAACGAGUUGCGAUUCCCUCGAGUGGAUUUCUAUAGACAAUUGUCCGAAACUGAAGAGUUUUCCUCUGCAGCUGCCCCUGCUUGACAAUGGGCUCCCUUCUCCCUCCCCUUCUCUUCAUGAGAUUUGGAUAAAUCGGCAGACGUGGGAGUCGCUGGAGUGGGAUCAUCCCCUUGCCCGUCCUUCACUUGAACACUUUGUCAAGUUUCUCGAUUGACGAAGCCGUAGAGGAUCCCGUUGAGGAUGAAUCCUCUUCUGACGGCAGUGGACAUCAAACUUAUUGCCAUUGCUACAUCAUCCUGCUCGAUUGAUGUUUAAAGUACUCUGAACCUUGUGAUGACACGUGCUUAAUUUAUGCCUUCUUUUCCAAUCUAUGAUUACUAUGUCGUGUUUAUGAAUUUCUCGGUUUGGAUUAUCCCUUAUUUCUACCUCGUUAAGCA